GUUUGGUUGAACAGGUUAAGAAGAUGAUAAUCCAUGCAGUUGAUAAGUCUCUCCGAAACUUAAGUGGAGAGAAGUCUCCAGAACCCAAAGAGAAGAACAAUUUUAAGAGAAGGAACAAGUCAAAGGGUAAAGGCAAAGCAGUUGUGAAGGCUCUCAAAGACUUACCUCCAAGUGAAAAGUCUUCUGAAGCCGAAGAGGAGAAAUCAAAGAUGAUAGUCAAUCCAAUCGAUAAGUCUCUCGAAGACUUUCCACCAACUCAACAGAAGUCUCUGGAAACCGAAGAGAAGAGAAAACCAAAGAUAGUGAAGACAUACGUGCGGAGAAAAAAUCUGGGAAGUCAAGAAACACGUAGACAUUGGCUAAUUACAAAAGGAGAAGAGUAGGAGUAAUUGUUAGUUGCAUCUCAAAACUCAUCUGUUUUGUUGUCCGUAUAUAUAUAUUUUUUUGGCAUAAUUUGUAAAUCUCGCCUCAAUCAUCUUACUCUGUGAAGUACUCAAGUCUGAGAAGUAGUUAACUUCACUCCUCGAGAUGUAAGCUGGAGUAAACUAAUAGGAAAAAGAGUUAAACUGAUUUAAGUUUAAAUACA